GCAGGCGGGAGCACUACCGGAGACCAGCGUUACCGAGGACCAGCACUGCCAACGGCAUGCGCGCUUUUCCCAGGCAGCUUUAAAACGACACCUUUGCCUGCAGGAGACGGAGCCAAGGCGUCGUUUCACGAGGAUUUGUGUGUAGCUAUCAGACAGAGGAGAACCGUUACUUCUGAGCCCGGAGUUGAUCUGUUUUCUGUGUUGGCGAUCAGACGUUACUUCUGAACCAGGAGUUGAUCUGUUUUCCGUGUUGUGAUCAGACGGCGGAGAACCGUUACUUCUUAACGGGAGUUAAUCUGUUUUCUGAUCUCUUCCUUGGAAUGUCGGCAACAAAUGCGCGCGGGUGUACAUAGGAAGAAGCCUUUUAACGACAGGAUGCAAGAGGACUAAAUUCUCGGAGUGACACACACACACACACACACACGCUCACCGUAAAACACAGUCUCUCUCUCUCAUAACGAGUCCAACUCUUGCUCCGACAGCGACAGAGCCUUGCGAACGGCACCUCGCGAUCAGGACGGGAACACCGCGGAGAGGAGAGCCUCCGGUCACGAUGAGCGUGCGUCUCGCGCUGACGCUGUUCUGGGGUUUGGCGAGCGGACUUGUCACGGCGCUGUCUCUGACACCCUCGCUCGUGCCGACCGAGAGCUUGUGUGGAGGGCGAGUUGUGAUCUCUGACCCCGGCUACCUGACGUCCCCCCGUUACCCCGGUAACUACCCGGUGUCCCAGCAGUGUGAGUGGGUCCUGGAGGCGCCCGGCAGCGACCAGAGGAUCCUCAUCAACUUCAACCCUCACUUCGACCUGGAGGACCGCGAGUGCAAGUAUGACUACAUUGAGGUGUAUGAUGGCGCUGACGACAAGGCGCCGCUUCUCCUGAAGCAUUGUGGGAAGAUCGCUCCCGGGCCGGUGCAGUCCAGCCAGCAGCAGGUGCUCAUCCGCUUCACCAGCGACUACGAGACCAGCGGCGCAGGAUUCUCCAUACGCUACGAGAUCAACAAGCUGGCUCAUACGGACUGCUCUGCCAACCUGACGGGUCCGAAUGGGGUGCUGCGCUCGCCGGGGUUCCCGGAGAAGUACCCCAACAACCUGGCGUGCAGCUACACGGUGUGGGCCCCCGCGGGGGAGGAGAUCCAGCUGCUGUUCCACGCCUUCAGCCUGGAGCCCGACACCACCCCCACCGGGGUCACCUGCCGCUUCGACUGGCUCGAGAUAUGGGACGGAUACCCACUAGUGGGUCACUUCAUUGGGCGUUUCUGCGGCGACAGUACCCCGGGCCGGGUGGUGUCCCACACGGGCAUUCUGACCAUCACCUUGACGACAGACACCGCCAUCGCCAAAGAGGGCUUUGAGGCCUCCUACACCAUACGCCAGCGAAGACACACACACCACAACUCACAAGCAGACUCCUGUAUGGACCCGUUGGGGAUGGAGUCAGGUGACAUCGGUCCAUCUCAGAUCCGCGCGCGCUCCCAGUACAACCCCAGCUGGGCGCCCGAACGUGCCCGACUCAACUACAAGGACAACGGCUGGACCCCCUCGGAGGACUCCAGCAGGGAGUGGAUAGAGGUGGAUUUGGGCUUCCUGAAGUAUGUGUCUGCCAUUGGAACUCAGGGCGCCAUCUCCAAGGAGACCAGGAAGUCCUACUACGUCAAGACCUACAGAGUUCAGCUCAGCACCAAUGCAGAGGACUGGCUUCCAGUUAAAGAAGACGGGAAACACAAGGUGUUCGAGGGGAAUGCUAAUCCAGUGGACGAGGUCCGGAGCUAUCUUCCUAAACCGGCUCUGACCCGAUACCUGCGCAUACGCCCUGUCAGCUGGGAGAACGGCAUAUGCAUGCGCUUUGAGCUGUACGGAUGCAGAGUGUCAGAUGCCCCGUGCGCGGCCAUGUUGGGGAUGGUGUCGGGGCAGAUCUCGGACUCCCAGAUCUCCGUGUGGCCCCCGGCGGAGCGGAGCUGGCUGCCGGACUCAGUGCGGCUGAUGACGGGGCGUAACGGCUGGACGCUGCCGCCCGCCGCCCUGAGCCCCCCCCCCCCCUUAGAGCCGCCCUACCUGCAGCUGGACCUGGGGAGGGAGCGGCGCGUCAGCGGGCUGCUCAUGCAGGGGGGGCGGCUCAAGGAGAAGCCCGUCUUCCUCCGACGGUUCCGCCUCACGCACAGCACCGACGGAACCCUCUGGAACCACAUCCUGGAGCAGAACAGCUCGCACAGCCAGCUGUUUGUAGGGAACCAGAAUCAUGAUACCCCGGAAGUGCGUGAGUUGGGGCCACUGAUGAUGCGUUUCCUGCGGGUAUACCCCGAGCGUGGCACCCCUGACGGCAUAGGCCUGAGGCUGGAGGUGCUGGGCUGCGACCCUCAGGCGCCCACAACCCCUCCUCCUCCCACCACGCCCACGGUUACCACGGUAGCUGUCACCACCACGGCAAUCGACACGACUCCCCCUCUGACGACGCCUGUCAUUGUGACACCUGAUGAUUGUGGAAGGCAUGAAGGAUGUGAUGAUUGGCUAACAGAAGACAACCAUGAACCAGAUGUGAUACUAGAGGACCCCUUCCAAAUACCUGAGUAUCUUUGGUUCUCCUGUGAUUUCGGCUGGGGGUCCCCCACCUACUGUACCUGGACACCGGAGACAGACGGGGGAGCCGAUUGGCUUUUCCACAUCCCUGGCACCUCCCCCAACCCUCCAGUGCCCAAUCAGGAGCACACAGGAAGUCCUGGGAUAUUCAUCUAUGCAGCACUGUCUUCAGACAGCCAGGAGAGAGAAAUAGAGCUGGACUUGGAGAGAGAGAGAGGGAUAGAGGGAGAGAGAGAAUGGCAGGAGGAGAGGAUGAGUGCACGACUGGCAGGUCCAACUGUGACGGCACCGGUGUCUGAGAUGUGUGUGUCCUUCUGGUACCACACCGGCAAGGCACACCACACACACUCCGACUCUCUGCAGCUGAAGCUUCGGAGGCUGAGAGAGAAGGAGGAAGAGGAGGAAGAGGAGGAGGAGGUGGAGGAGGAGGAGGGGAUGGAGAGGAGGAGGAGGAGGAGGAGGAGGAGGAGAUAUGUGGAGCAGCAGGAGAUGGAGAGCCUCCUGUGGAUGGUUGGGGGGGAACAGACGCCACGCUGGAGAGAGGGACGCGUGCUGCUGCCCUCCGCCAACACCUCCUAUCAGGUGGUGUUUGAAGCUGUGAUUGGCCGCCAUAGCUCCGGUGGUCUGGCUCUGGAUGAUAUAAAGAUUCUGGAUCAGGUCAGCCCUGCAGAGUGUAAGGACCCUGAAGAUAUGCCCGUGUCGACAUCUUCUUCCCUUGAAGUUCUGUCCAUGUCUACCACUCCUGGGGUCCUCAUCCUCACCUAUCCUACAGACUCCCCAGUAACCGGCAUGAGCAGUGGGCUAGGUUCCAGUUCUUCGUCCGGUUCUAACAGCGGUCAUCUGGGUUCCGGAAUGGUUCUGCGUUCCCUGGACCCCAUCCUGAUCACCAUCAUCGCCAUGAGCGCUCUGGGAGUUCUGCUGGGGGCCGUGUGCGGGGUUCUGCUGUACUGCGCGUGUGGACAGCCCGCGGAUGAUCCCGGCUCCGAGGGCCCGGGCUCGGAGAACCCAGCCCGGAACCUGUCGGCCAUGAAGAGCUACAACUUUGAGCUGGUGAAGAAGGAAAAACUCAACACACAGAAGUCCUUCACGGAGGUGUGAGGGUGCAAGGGGAUUUACACACACACACACACACACACAUAAAUUGAAAAGGUGGGACGAAAUGUGUCGCCACACACAUUACCACGUCAACACACACACACACACACACACAUCAUCAACACACACAUCAACACAAUUGAGCAAAGAGACAGAGACUCUUGGGUGGAAUUGAGUGGAGAGCAAUGAUGGACUCCUGCAGGACGCCGCUCACGGAUGCCAUUCAGAGACGCUGGGCUGUCCUACACACACAUUUCAGUUGGACCUCUGAUGGGCCCUGUGAGGACAGACAGAAUGCUGAACAGAGCCUUCUAUAGCAGAAUAUAACAGGAGGACACUGGACAGAUCUUCUUUGAGGACUUCUUUAGCGCGUUUUAUUAAGUGUUUGUGUAGAGUUCCUCUGCAGGGCGGACAGAAAUUGAAUGGGGAUGUGUUUGGGACUCAGUAGAACUGCACUACUGGGGUUGUCCACGAGGGGGCUUCAGUAGAACUGCACUACUGGGGUUGUCCACGAGGGGGCUUCAGUAGAACUGCACUACUGGGGUUGGUCACUAGGGGGAUUCAGUAGUACUGCAUUACCAGAGGCUAUGCAGAAGGUUGUGCCAAGUGUACAGUUCAAGAAGGUCUGUGUGUGUGUGUGCAUGUGUUUAUUUCUGGGGGAAUGUGGUGUGAACUGCUCCCUGUUUCCUCUAAGCGGAUUCUGCUGCUUUAGUCUGCAGGUGCACCAGUAUUCUUCUAUGUGUGUGUAUGUGUGUGUGUGUGUGUGUGCGCACUUUAAAAAAUGCUGGGUUAAAAACAAUUCAAAUUGGGGUUGAAAGUUAAAGAGGCCAGAACAAAGGUUUUUUUUUUUUUUUUUAAUAAACUGCCAGACCGAAACUUUACGUUUCUAGAGUGUUUUCAGUGCUAACAUUAGCUGGCUAUUUUCAGUCCAAGUGGUGUGUAACAUUACCACCAAAAAACAGCCAAUUCAUUACGUGAAGCAACCCUGGUUGGUUGCAUUUGAUCUUAUUUGGGACAGCUGGCUUGGGCGGCUACUUCAGCUUUAUGGUGAUUAUGGUGAUUAUGGUGACAGAAAGCACUUUGUCUAUUAGCUAGCGGGCUAACGUUAGCUGCACCAAAGCGAACUUAAUUAGCAUAUGAACAGUCUGCUAACCUAUUGACUGUUGAUAACAUUGGAUAUUGUUUAAAGGUUUGUUUGUUACUGGGAGUUUAUACCCAAUGAAGCCAAACAAUGUUUUAUGAGUGUUUUUUUGAUUUAAUACUAACAUUAGCAAAAAUGCUUCGCAAUCUGGCAUGAAUAACUUUGGUGCUUUGCUUGAAGCUAAACCAGAUUAGCACGCACAAUAUUCAUUCAUUCUAUGAAGGGAAUGUCUCGAUUUCUGGAUUUAGGAAAAAAAAAACUGCUGGGUAGUUUACUCCACAUCCUGUGUAGGAGAGAAAUAACCCAACAUGAGCAAGAAUAACCAAAAAUGAAAAGAAUAAACAAAAAUGACCCAACAAUGUUAACCCAACAUUUGGGUUAUCCUACCCUGAAUGAAUUGAUUAGAUGUUGUUUGACAUGGGUAUUGCCGUAUGUGAGGCUUGUGAAUACAAUAGACUACGUUGACUGUUAACUAACAUUAGCUCCACCCACCCAAACUUCAGUCUGUCACCUAAAUUGGCUUGCCAUAUCAAUUCCGCUUUACGUUGAUGUUCUGUUCGCCCAAUGUUGACAUGGUCAGGAUUUAUUUUCCGAUAGGCUAUGCGGCUACUUGCCAAAACAAGAAAAUGAAUUUCGAAUUUGAAGCGAAUGCAGAAGUGUCAUUCACCCUGUUACAAGUUGAUGAAUCACAGACAUAAUUUUGGAAACAUUAUUUUAAGAUACAAAAAACUCUUUAGUGUUGCUUUAAAUCAGGGAUCUCCAACAGGUAGCUUGCGAGUUACCAGUAACUCAUCACCUGUUACUUAGUACUGUAGCUCUCCAGCAGGUGUUUAGGAAGAUGUUUAUAAAUCAAAUUCACAGUCUCCAAAAAGAGAAGGUAAAUAAGUUGAAAGGAACCUUUAAAAAGCGUACAAAUCUUUUUCAGCGGUUUUGGGUGGAGAUCAGCUAUGUGAAUACAUGGCAUGUUACUACUUUCAUAAAAGCUGUCGGCCUGUCCAUUUUGUCGAAGUAGCUCUCGGAGGGAAAAAGGUUGGAGACCCCUGUCUUGAAUAAUAUUGCAGCAGUGUCAAAGUCACCCUGGUGCUGGGUAGUUUACUCCACGUGGGGGAGAGGAGAGGGCAAACUACCAACCCAGCAAGCUGGGUUACAGAAACAACCCCACAAAAUGACAACAGCCUCAACCCAGUGUUUGGAUUGAAAAUAUAACCCAGCAUUUUUGAGACUGUGUGUGUGUGUGUGUGUGUGUCAUUGCUGAAUUCCGGGGCAAUUAAUGACACAUCGUUAUGUGUAUGUGAGUGCCCGUAGGUGUUUCUGUGAAUGUAUGGCAUAGGUCAGUGUGUGUGUGUGUGUGUGUGUCUGUGUCCUUGUCCUUACAGUGCCUUUUAAAAAAUAUUUCUGUUGCCUUUUUAUCACCUAUUUGUUGCAUUAUAAUGUUUCACUUCUACACUCUUCUUACACUACACACACACACACACACACACACACACACACACAGGCUGACCUCACCAUGUUACGGAACAGAACACCGAGCCGUGCGCUCCCUUCAUUCGUAUUCCACUCUGAACGUCUAUUGUAUUUAACAACCAAAUAUUUAGCCUCUGACCCCUACCUGACCUUUGACCUCGUCCACCUGAUUUUGCACUCCUUCUUUGUGAACUUGAUCUCUGCCUCCGAAAGCUCGUCUUGAUCAUUUUGAUUAUGAGCGGUUACCCAGAGCCAGGGAUGUAGUAGAGGCUGAACGCAAGUAAACGUUGUUCAUCCACCUCUGACAUUUCAGACACAGUUUAUCCACCUCUUAUUAUAGUUUAUCCACCUCUUAUUAGAGUUUAUCCACCUCUUAUUAGAGUUUAUUCAGCCAUUGCAACAUCACACUGUAUUAUCCACAUUCACAAUAUGUGCACUCCUCAAGAUCAGAAGGACGUGAUCAUUUUGUUUAUGACCGGUUACAGUGUUGCCAGAUUCGGUGGGUGUCCGCCCAAUUGGGCUUCUUUUGACUUUGUUGGACGGGGGAAAAUAAGCUUCAGGCGGGCAAAUACAAUUUUGAGUUUGUUGUUGUUGGGGUGUUUUUUUUGCUGGAGAGGGCGGGUUUUUGAACGUAAUUGGGUGGAAAUUACUCAACCCUAUCUGGCAACACUGACCAGUUGUCCAGAGUUGUGGUGUGAUGAUGGCAUGUUGGGUGUUCUUAAGACUGAUGAGAGAGCGCCCUCCUCUGGCAGGAGAGUGUGGUCACUGAUAACCUUAAUAAGAUGAAAGGUCACUGUCUACGUUAACUGGGUUAUUUUACUGUCACUCAAUGACUAUCCAAAAGCUGAUUGGACGGCUACCUCACCAUAGGUGGGGUUUGUCACCGCGUGGCUAAAACAGGAAGGAUGGUCUCUGAAGUAUGAAGGAGUUUCAAAGACACACAGGGGCGCGCACACACACACAUGCACUCACAAUCACACACACACACACACACACAGUCACUUGCACGUAGACACACAUUCACAUGUGAACUUGCUUAUUUACCUUCUCUCUCUCACCCCCUCUUCUCUCUCACACACACACACACACAUACAUACACACACACACACACACACAGUCACACACACACACACACAGUCACUUGCACAUAGACACACAUCCAUAUGUGAACUUGCUUAUUUACCUACUCGUUCUCUUCCUCUUCUCUCUCACACACACACGCACGCA